AUGAUGAACAGCGCUGAGAGCGUAGAAACUCACGAUCACGCUGAUUCACGGACCUCUCCGGAAUCUCAAGACAGUGAAGGAGAUAGCUCCGCCAAUGGCUCUGAGGUCUUGCAGUCGAACGUUGUUGAUGCUGGAGCUAUAGAGAAUGUUGGGCAGAGGCCGCCAAGCGAAGGGCAUGAAGCACCAGGCGUGGACCUGGAGCCGGAUAUGCCGUUGGAGAACGUCCAGGAGUCAGCUGCCGCCAGUCCGAAAUCUGGUACUGAGGACUAUAAAAAUUGGUUUGGAGAGCGGGGAAUUAUGAGGACGGUGUAUGCACUCACGUUUGGCUGCUGCUGCGUUACAGUUAUAUAUACUGUGCCGGCUUUAUCUAUCGGUAAUGCUAGGGUUUUCCCGACAUUCAAUUCAUAUAUGGCAAUCCUAACGAUUGAAGUUGGUAGCUCUAUGGUCCUAAUGGGGAUUCUGGAAAUGACAUUGUAUCUCAAAGGUAUUAAACGGGUCGAAGGAUCAUUGAGUGCCCACCAACCGUUGCAUCCGGCGUGGCAAGCUCUUUUUUGGGUCACAGAAUUUUUGUUUCAUAACCCAACCUUGGUGUUCUCUCUCACUGGGGUGAUAUUCAUCCUUAGUCUGACACUCACAGUUAACAAACCACUUGAGGAGGGUUGGGGUUCGAUGGUGCUGCAGUGGACUACAGGACCAUUCCCUCAAACGUCUGAAAGAUGUGACGUUCGUGUUGAAGCAGUGCAGGUACCGCUGUUUACAGAAGCUAUUUACAGCACUCAAUUCGGUCGAAUUGAGUCAUUCGCCGAGAUAUUCAGGUAUAUUGCCUUUGAUAUGAGGGCCGCUUUAAACAUACAGAAUGAUCCAACGCUUUGUCAUCAGGGGUUCGUUGGCAAUCAGGAUUUGUAUGGUUUAGGAAUCCGACUUGGCAUAUACCUUCAAUGGGUUUCGUCCUUGCUUGCCAACAACCUACUCCCAGAGAGCCGUAAGGAACCUCAAAAGGCUUUCUUGAUCUUCUCUUUAGCAAUUUGCAUUGCAACGAUCACCUCGACCUUCAUCGCUUCCUGUACCUUUGCUAUUGAGAUUGAGAUAUUCUAUUGGAUGUACUGGGGAGGAGUUUUCUGCGUCUUCAUGUCGUCGCCAAGCUCGAAACGGCUGGGAUCAACCAUCGCGUGGAUUAGGCUUCAUUGGACUACUGCCAUCUAUUCCACGACACAUAUUUUGAUGCUCUAUCAUGGAAUUUUCUACAUCUACUAUGGUUAUGACCAGACCUUUUCUCGAAUGCCUUGUGGAACAUACCACUUUUUCUUGGCGCCAAUGAAAGAUCCUAGUCGAAGCUUCUUCGUGCUUAGAGACUUAUUGACUGCAGCCAUUGCCCCGUUCUCUUUCCCAUUGCUGUUCGUCUUUCCAUUCAUGGGUAUGCUCCUUGCGGCGGAGAUGAAGAGAACUGUCAAAGACUCCCUCUUCUAUCAAUCAUUCUUCCUCACUCCACACCAGUCAAGCAACAACUCGGCAGAGACCGCAACACCGACUAUGUCCGUGCAGCUUUCAAUGAGAUCUCGAAUGGUACGAAGGCUUAAGAGACUUCUUGGGAAAUUCACCAAAAUAUACAGGGAAAUCAGAGUGGAGAUUGGGCUCUCGCCACAUGCUAGAGACGGUAUUUAUCUAGUGACACCCAUUGACAUCAAUAAGCGAAGAAAACUCAUCUUUGAGCCUUUACUGAAGGCUUUGCUGCGUCUACGAUACAAGGACAUAGAUGCCGCUUUCGCCCGCACCAUCAUUGUAGACGAGACGCUUACUACGCAGACAUCCAGUGACAUAAUGGCCACGAUAACUGCUAUUACUUACCGCAAGAUCACUUGGCUCGUUGCCAUGAUCUGCUUCGUUGCAUUCACCAGGCAUAUCGGCAGCUUCAACACCGCAUUACGAAGGAGCACAUGCAGUGGCGCUGUCAAUACGUUUCAAACCCGCGCACUUUCGAAAUUACAGGAACGUAGGUUGGUCGUCACGAGCAAGGGAUUCAUGGGCCUUGUGCCUUCAUGCACGAGAUUGAGUGAUACAAUCGCCGUGGUGCUGGGGGCACCGAUUCCCUUUGUGUUCAGACCUAGCGAGGGCGACAAGGAGGCGGUUCAGCUCGUUGGUGAUGCUUAUAUUCAUGGCAUCAUGGGUGGCGAGGCUAUAUAUUUUGAGGACUUUGCGCCCAGAGAGAUUGUUAUCUACUAA